UUUUUUCAAAGGGGUGUUUUUUUUUAAACUUUAGAUACAGAAAUAAACAUGACAUCUCAACAUAGAUGAUUUUUAAAAAACACAAGGAAGGGGAAUACAUUCUGGAGGAAUAUCAAUUAAAGACCUAUCACAUAAUGUAAUGUAAGAGACAGAAAGGACCUUAAACAUCAUUUAUACCGGUCCCUUUCCUUAUAGAUGAGAAAUCUGAGGGUUUAAAAAAAAAGUUAAGUUGUUCAGGAUCACAUAACUACUUAAGUGGCAGAACCAGGAUUAAGAAUGUCACAAAUACUACAACAAUAAAAAAAAAAGAAUGUCACAAAUGCUUUCAACAUCUAAGCAUAUCGUGAAAUACUGCUUAGUUAUCUAAUGGGAUCCUUGUUGCCUAUCUGUAUACUGUUAGUUUUAUCAGAGAGGACCUCAGUUCAACUUGAUUUGUUCAGUAGUGAUAAGUUUUCAGUACUCUAUAGAUUUUUUUCUUGUAGAAAUUAGGAUUGAAAAAAUAAAUUGGGGACAAAUUGUGUUGGAUCCAUCAUUUGCUACGGACUGUAUUGGUCAAUAUGCUUCAGGAUUUCUUUCCAUUGGUGGUGGUUUUGCCAAUAUACGACUGUGGCUCCCCUCACCAUUUUUACAUCAGUUCAUCCACUGGUGAAAUGAUGCUAUUUCAGAGGAGACUAAUAAAAAAAAUUGCAUGAGUAGCCCAAUCAUUCUUACAUGCCCGAGGUUAAAACCUUCAAACCUACAGGGCAGACGGUGUUAUUCAGAGGUGAAGCGCUUUCCUGAUCCACGAAGUCUAGCUUUGUUGUCCCUUCUCGGAGGCCUCAUUCUUCCUUCAGACCUCACUCAUUACCUAAAAACGGGCUGGGAGGGCGGCGAGGAGGCUUAGCAGAGCUCGAACUCUCCCAUUUCUGCCUGCUUAGCAGUUUUGUAGUUCUGUAGUUUGGUGGUUGCAAAACCUUAUUGCGUCAAAGAUGAUGAUGCCUUCGCUCACCACAAGCGAAUCCGAGGAAACGGAAGAGGAAUCUUUUGGGAACUAUUUUGCAAAGCGGAAGUUGGCACACUGCAAAAAUCCUUCCUUGCUGAAGCCAGCUUCCGAGUACAGGUUGCUGGGCGGAAGAACCGCGAGACCGGGAAGGAGGCGGGACAGAACUCAGCCCCUUCCGGAAAUGCGUCGUGGCAAGUGAGAGUUGUCUAGUGACCGAGUUGCCGCGAGGCUGGGGUGCUAUGGAGGUGGAACGCAUAUUUUCGGACAUCUAUGGCGGCCGCCUGGCUCUCCAGCGCCGCCAGUAUUCUCCCUUCUGCCGGGAGUUCUGCCUUGGCUGUCCGAGGCUCUCGUUGCGCUCGCUUACCGCCGCCACCUGCACAGUGUGGCUGGUGGCCUAUGGGCUCUUCACACUCUGCCAGAACAGUAUGGUCCUUUCUGCUGCUAUCUUCAUCACUCUUCUAGGCUUACUUGGUUACCUCCACUUUGUGAAGAUUGAUCAAGAAACCCUACUGAUCAUUGGCUCUCUUGGCAUCCAGAUGACCUCAUCCUAUGCCUCAGGAAAAGAGAGUACAACCUUCAUUGAGAUGGGCAAGGUGAAGGAUGUUGUCAUCAAUGAAGCCAUUUACAUGCAAAAAGUGAUCUACUACCUGUGCAUUUUAUUGAAGGACCCAGUAGAACCACAGGGGGUGUCACAAGUAGUGCCUGUCUUCCAGAGUGCCAAGCCUCGACUGGAUUGCUUGAUUGAAGUGUACAGAAGUUGCCAAGAGAUCUUGGCACUCCAGAAAGUCACAUCAGGAAGUCCAUGAGUCACAUCCAGCAAACUCCUGUGUUGCUUCCUGUCAAGAUAAUCCCAGAUUCUGGAGCCACAGCCAUCCAUUUGUUUUGGCCAAUUCUAAAUAGCAUGGCACCAUGAGGAAGUGGAGAAAGGGCUAGCCUUGUAGUCAUGAAGACUUAUGAUUGAGUUCUCCCUUUUGCACAUACUGGUCCUGUGAGCCCAGGGAAGUGCCAAACCUCUUAGGGCCUCAGGCAGGGCAGGUAUCCACCUUGGAAGUGGGAGUUUCCUAUACCAGCAUAAUUUGAGGCACAGUCCAAAAUGACAACUUUAAGCAAAUCUUAGCCUUGAUGAUUCACAUGGAAGUCAGAGAGUACAGAGAAGUAGAAUAACAGAAUGUCUGGAUUGUAUCCUGUCUUCAAUACUGCUAAUAGGAAUUUCAUAAUCCAUUUCACUGAUUUCUAGCAAUGCAAAAUAUUUCACAGUAGUAGAUCUCUGUUCUGCUUUUUUUCAAUACCCAUCCAUGAAGAUUCCCCCAAAAUAGUUGCAUUUACAUGGAAAGGGUCACAAAUAGAUGGUGCUGUUUGCCUCAGGGUUAUAUAGAAAACCCUACCUUGUUUUCCCAAAUUUUAACUCAAGAUCUUACAAAUAACGAAUUUAAGGAGAGCCACCCAAUACAUUUUAUGGAUGAUUUACUCUUGGCGUCGCCCACUGCUGAAGCAUGUCAGGAAGAUAGUAAACACCUUUUAGUAGAAUUAUGUAAAAGAGGACAUAAAAUAUCAAAUCAAAAGUGCAGUCUCCUAAAAGUGGAGUAUUUAGGAUCUGUUUUAGCAGAAGGUAUGCAUUUUAUUUCUCCCAAAUGUAUAGAAGAUAUACAAAAAUUGAGUGCCCCAACAACAAAAAGACUAGAGCAGUUUUGGGAACCACAAAGAAAGAUAUAAUUAAGGAACCACUGCAAUUAAAUACAUAACAUCCAGCAGCCCUUACUAAGCUAAUAUAAGCAAAUUUUUUCUGUACCAGCUUUAGGCAUUCCUGAUUAUAAGAAACCAUACACUUUGCAUGUUCAUGAAAGAAAAGGAGUAGUUUCUGGUGUGUUAAUGCAAUCUUUAGGACCAGUCCAGCAUCCCAAUUGCCUAUUAUUCAGCACAAUUGGACCCAGUAGCUGCUGGUGCCUCCCCCUCCCCUCCCAUGUCUCUGGGGACAGCUCUACUAGUGAUAAAAGCUUUUCAUUCCAAUUCUUGUCCAUUACAGUUUGAGCCAGAGGAUUUGAACCUGGGUUGCAUUUUGGGCAAGACUAGAAAGGACUCAAGCUUGAGUGUCAGUGGUUCCCACAGGUAGUUAAAGGAACUGACAGGUGUAGAAUUUUCACAGUAGCUGCUAUAGGCUUGUCACUCAAAUAGCUAGGAGCUGUCCAGUCCUUUCAGCAUUUUAGUCAAAUAGACUUGUGGCAGACAUCUGUCAAUCAAAAUUAGCUACCAGUUGCUGUCCAUUACUGAAAGCCAAGUACAUAUCUUUAGUAGGGGCUUGCUUUGUCAAAGUGGAUUCUAAUUUUACAACACCCAUUUGGUAUCACAUUUUAUUCCCACAUUAUUCUUGUAUGACUGUUACCAUGUUACAGGGAAUAAUGAAGUGCUGUGUGCUUAUUUGAUGCAUCUGAUACCUUAUUGUUAUUGGUUGUAAUCCCAGAAUUUUUUACCAUUUGUUAGCUUGGAAUGUAAUUAGACCUGUGAUGAAAUUAACACUACAAAGAGUGUGUUCUUACUUAGCUAUAAUUUUGUUGGCUUUUGCUGUUGUAUACAAAUUUUGUUGGAUUUUUAUUGUUACUCUAUAAAAUCAAGGGUGUUUUUUUUUUCUUGGAUAUUCAGGGAUUCUGAGAUGAAGCAGAUGAUGAUAUUGAUGCAAGCAAAGAUUGAAAUGAUAUAAAUUUUCAAAAAAAUGACAAAAAAGAUUGAAAUGGUGGGAAAAUGUUAUAAUACAGCUCUUGUAAAUACCACUGUAAGUGUGAAAAGUACUGGUUCUGAAUUUUAAAAUGCUGAUGUGAAUGGUAUUGGGCAAUUAGCAGAGGGAAGUGAUAUAACACCAAAGACUUCCUCUAGGCUAGACAGAGAAAAUGAGGCCAUUUUCCUGACACUGAAAGAGCAGAAUGACUAAAUAAGACUGUAAAGCACAUGUAGCCUUUUAUUUGCCAGUUUAUAGAGAAAUUGUUUUGAGAAAUAAUAGAAUCAACUUUUCGGGGAGCAAAUGCACACCAUAGCACCUUCAGUUUCAUGAAGAUUGAUAUGGGCCAUCAGCCCCUGAGGAUUAGUGGUGUUAAAGUGUACAUUGAAAAUGUGGACAGAUGACAGAUUAUUUUGGACCUUGUAGGAAUAAGCUUGGCACAGAAAGGGACCCUUUGGAACUUUGCAAGCAAGUUUGAAGGACAGGAGUGUGACAGUUGGAAAGAGCAAAGAGGCUUGUGGGAAAGAGAAUGUAGGAGGGGGUCUUUGCUUUCUGGACUCAGUGAGAGACAGGAGAAGGAGACCUGAGCGUGGGACCCAACCCUGGGAUACUUGAGGAUUUCCUUAUUUUUCCCUUGUACUGGAGGAUCAGAAAGCAUUCCUGAAUUCACCUGAACAACUAUCAAAGGAGCGGAGUGACCAUCAUUUGCCAUGUGAGAGUGUUCAACCUUGAAACCUCAGGAGGGGGGUCACCCCAAAGACUUGUCCUGACCUGUGCCUUACCAAGAAAGACACUAGCAACCUGCCUUUAGAUUAGACAAGCAGAUAGUUUAGAGCAGUGGUUCUCAACCUUUCUAAUGCCGUGACCCUGCAAUACAAUUCCUCAUGUUGUGGUGACCCCAAACCAAAAAAUUAUUUUGGUGGCUACUUCAAAACUAAUUUUGAUACAGUUAUGAUUUGGAAUGUAAAUACCUGAUACGCAUUGUAUAUUUUCAUUGCUACAAAUCAAACAUAAUUUAAACAGUGAUUAAUCACAAAAACAAUUAUUUAAAUUAUAUGUUGAGAAAUAUUAAUCUAGCAGGAGGUAAGUCCUGCCUGGGGAGGGGGUCUGCAGACUCUGCCUUCUUCUUCCUGUUGUCUUACUCCAGCUCAAGCUGAGGCUUCACUUUGCUGGGGUUAAAACUCGGCUCCGUUAUCCGCUCCAGGAGUUAUCUGCUCCAGUACUCUUUCUUAACCCCUCCGGAGCCAGCGCCCCGUGCUCUUUCUGGGUCUCUGAGUCUGGUCUCCAAGCAACAGGGUAAAUCCAUCAUCCCUCAUAGGGGGAGGGCUGCUGACAGGUAACUAAUAUUAGUACAAUGUGCGGGCAGCAGGGUCCCCGUUCUUCCUGAGAUCUUGCUGUAAAGUAGCAGGAUUUCUCAGUGGCUAAAGCCAUUGGAAAUAUGUAUUUUCUGAUGGCUUUAGGCGACCCCUAUGUUUUGGUUGUUCAACCCCCACCAGGGUCGCGACCCACAGGUUGAGAACCGCUGGUUUAGAGGAAAGGAGGAAGAACACUGAAGCCACAGCCAUUUGGCUCAGCUGAGCAGAGAAGACACUGCCUGUGUGUUUCUUAGGGACUUCUAAUCCCUCCAACCUAACCUUCCCUGUUUCUGUUUUAUAAACUACACCUUCUGAGAAAUUGCAGUCAGAAAAGGAUUUUCUUUUGGAGGAUUAAGAAGAGAAAGACAGAAAGAGGGAAUUGGACUGUCUAGUAAGCUUUGGUCACAUCAAAUCCAAAACUGAAAGUCAUUCAGUCUUUCCUGACAAGGUCUGUAAAGUCCUGGGGAAAAGUCUAUACCUCACCCUUCCUUACCUGAAUACUUGUCCCUGUUCAUCCCUGUUCACAAUGUCAUCACAGGGAUACUUCUUGGGAAUCCAUUAGUGAGGGAUGGGGAGAGCUAAACAGGUUUUUACUUGCUGCUGUUCAUCUUUACCCAACACCUUGGUCUCUCUCUCCCUCAUUACUUCCAUUACUCCCUUUUAGUUCCCCCUUGUCUGUUUCAAUCUAACAACCUUCAGAUCAGUUUUGUGGGAAAUUGUGAGAUUGACUUGGAGAUUGAGAUACUUCUGUAAAGCUGAUGUGAAAAGUAUACAGAUUUAUGGUACAAUGAAAGUUAUCUUAGAAUUAUUAAUUGGGGACAUGCCAUUAGUUGGAGCUCUGUAUUUUCUUCCUCAGAAAACCACUUUUGGAAAUUAACUGGACAGGACUAAUACAAAUGGACAUUAUUUUCAUGGACAUUGAACCUACAUCUUCAAUAAUUUUGCAAUUAAAUAAAAUGUUUGAUUGUACAUAAA